AUGCCAGUCGUCCACUUGCUCGAUUAUGCGGCGGGCAACAUUCGCUCUCUGGUCAACGCUAUCGAAAAACUUGGCUGGGAAGUCCAAUGGAUACAGAAGCCCGAAGAUGUCGCAAAGGCUGAGGUACGACUGAACUGAUUCGCAGAAGAACAACAGCAGCUGAUUGCUAACAGGAGGUGUCGUGAUGUAGAAACUGAUAUUGCCGGGAGUUGGCCAUUUCGGUCACUGCAUGACUCAAUUCACCCACGCUGGCUAUGUCGAGCCAGUACGAGCGUACAUCCGGUCUGGGAAGCCUUUUAUGGGGAUUUGUGUAGGUCUCCAAGCUCUUUUCGAAGGCUCAGCGGAGAAUCCUGCAGUUCCUGGUCUCGGAAUCAUCAAAGGUCAUCUGGAACGAUUCAAGAAUACCAACAAGAGCGUACCCCAUAUUGGUUGGAACUCGGCCAACACCAGCGCAAGCAACGAAUCUAUAUAUGGUCUUCGCCCUGACAGCAAGUACUACUACGUCCACUCAUAUGCAGUGCCGUAUCGUGACGGCCAGUUUGAGCAACAGGGCUGGAACGUAGCCAAAGCUCGAUAUGGCGACGAAGAGUUUGUCGGUGCAAUUGCAAAGGACAACGUGCUGGCGACACAGUUCCAUCCGGAAAAGAGUGGAGCUGCCGGCCUACGUGUCAUAAAGUCGUUCCUUGAAGGCCGCAAGAGCGAGCCUCUACCAGCCGACCUCAGCGCAGCUUUGACACGAGAAGGUCUUACUCGACGAAUCAUUGCCUGCCUCGACGUCCGCACAAACGAUGAGGGAGACUUGGUCGUGACAAAAGGCGACCAAUACGAUGUUCGAGAGAAAUCCGACAAGUCCAUCCGCAAUCUGGGAAAGCCAGUGCAGAAAGCACAACAAUACUACGAACAAGGUGCUGACGAAGUCACAUUCCUCAACAUCACAUCGUUUCGAGACACGCCGCUCAAAGACCUUCCCAUGCUGGAAGUCCUGCGACAGGUGUCAGCUACUUGCUUCGUCCCUUUGACCAUCGGAGGUGGCAUUCGCGAUACCACGGACCCAGAGACUGGCCGUACAGCGCCCGCAUUGGAAGUCGCUACACUGUACUUCAAAUCCGGAGCGGACAAAGUCUCAAUUGGUUCUGACGCAGUCACUGCUGCGGAACAGUACUUUGCCGCAGAUAAGACUCUCACAGGCAAGACCGCGAUCGAAACCAUCAGUGAAGCGUACGGCGCUCAAGCAGUGGUCGUCUCAGUCGAUCCAAAGAGAGUAUACGUCUCGUCACCUGAGGCAACGCCUCACAAUACAGUUGAGACUGAUUUCCCGGGCCCUAAUGGCGAGAAGUAUUGUUGGUACGCAUGCACGAUCAAGGGAGGCCGUGAGACUAGGGAUCUGGACGUCGUGCAGCUCCUUACUGCCGUUGAAGCAAUGGGAGCCGGGGAAAUCCUCCUGAACUGCAUCGACAAGGAUGGCACUAAUUCCGGCUUCGAUCUCGAGCUCAUCAGAAGCGCCAAAGCUGCUGUCAAGAUCCCCGUCAUUGCCUCUAGCGGUGCUGGUAAUGCAAAUCACUUCGCUGAAGUGUUCGAGGAGACGAAUGUGGACGCUGCUCUCGGCGCUGGAAUGUUUCACCGUGGCGAGUGGACUGUGAAGCAGAUCAAGGAGGAACUCCAAGAGACUGGCCUAUUGGUCAGGAAAUUUGAAGAUGAGAUCUAA